AAAAAAUUCAAAAGGAAUGCAUGUCUAACAAAAGAUGCACUGAUUUGCAUGUUAAUGAGAACAAUUUGCCCUUUGAUCAUGGAAUGCUUCGUUCACCAAUCUAGAAGUUUGUGGUUUCCUACUACAGCCAGGGGCGGACUGACCAUUUGGAAACUCAGGCACUGCUCGAGGGCCCGGGGUCAGUAGGGGGCCCCAUGAGAUGCCCCUGGUACCUUUUUCAUAGGCUUUUUUGAGUUUUGGCAAGGACACAGGGGCCCCAUGAUCCCCUAUUGCCGGGGGCCCCAUGAGUUGUCAGUCCG